AUGGCGUAUGAAGUUUUAAUAAUUCAUAAUGGGUAUUCUAAAGUUGUUGAGGGUGGAAUGGAGGCGAACUGUACUUGUACCCUGAUAAAGGGAAAGUAUAAUGUUAUUGUUGACACAAUGACGCCUUGGGAUAGUGAACUGAUUUUAAAAGGUUUAGAGAAGUAUGGAGUGCAACCGAACGAUAUACACUUCAUUGUCAGCACACAUGGACACUCUGAUCACAUUGGAAACAAUAAUCUAUUUUUAAACAGCACUCAUAUUGUUGGGCAUUCCAUUUCAAAGAAGAAUCUUUAUUUUGAUGACCCAUUCAGUGAAGGUAACCCUUACUACAUAGAUGGGGAUGAUCUCAAGAUAAUUGCUACCCCUGGUCAUACUCAAACUGAUGUUACAGUUAUGGUGAAGACAGCUGAUGGAAUAGUUGCAGUUGCGGGCGAUUUAUUUGAAAAGAAAGAAGAUUUGGAAAAUGAAUUCAUAUGGCUGAGUGCUGGAAGUGAAUGUCCUGUUCUUCAAAAAUAUAACAGAAGAAUGAUACUACAAUUGGCUGACUAUAUCGUUCCAGGCCAUGGGGAAAUGUUCAAAGUUACAGAAGAAAUAAAAAAUAAAUGUUUUGUUCAGAAAUAA